AUGCAUUUUCUCGUCUAUUUUGCACCCACUGGUGAACGUACAAUUUAUCACAAUGAAGAAAACGUCGAAAAAUUAAAAGUCCAAGAUCUUAUUGACUGGAUUUCUGAGCGAUUUCAUUUUGAAACGAGUAAUGGCGAAAUAGAUAAUCGACGUUUGUCAUUAUUGUACGAAAAUACUGAAAUACAACCAACUUGGUUUGUUCAAGAUAUAAACAUACGUUUUGGAGCAACAGUGAGAUGUGUUGUCAUUGAAGUCUUACUUGAAAAAACAAAAACGAAACUUGCAUAUCGUAUCCCUGAGUAUCGUCUCUUUUUACCUAUUCGAAAUGAAACAUUUGAUGUAUUUGAUUCAACUCUACAUCCCAUUGAAACAACUAUUCUUCAAUUACGAGUUGUUGCUAGUAGAAAAUCCGGUUUACCAUUAUCAGCGUUUCGUCUAAUUAAUGAUAGAAACAAUGAAUUAUUUGAUCAUAUAAGAUUAUCACAAUACGAUAUAGAUUUUCGUGCAACAUUAGAUAUACAAACAUGGACUGGGUGGUCGGAUUUUUUUACUUAUGCAAUGAAAGGAUAUACAAAAGCUGUACUGAAACUGCUUAGUUCAGACGAACUUGUUCGACAAUAUAUGCUUCAAGUUGCUUUAUAUAUUGCUGCUCAUUAUGGAAAUGUUGAUUUAGCUCGAGCUUUACUUCAAGCAGGAGCACGUGCGGAUCGUCCAGUAGGCCAUCAUCCGUCUCGUCAAUGGUGUUCAUCUGAAUCUCCUCAUCCUGAAUAUUUUCGUUGUCCUGUACAUGAAGCUAUUACGUCUCAACAAGUUGGUAUUGUUCUUCUAUUUGGCUGUCGUGAGGCGUCUAUAUUUCUAAAACCUGAUGGUUACGGUGUAAAACCAUGGAGAUUAGCGUUGCGUCAAGAAGUUAGUGAAAAACAACGUGAAAUAGCGUUGUUUAUUCUAUCGAAACAAUUUGGUGACGUGCAACUAUCAAAUAACAUCACACUACCUCAUCGUCAUAUUUACGCAUUUAAACAAUGGGCAGAAAGAGCACGCGAACGUGUAUAUGCUAAGCAUGGUUUAAGUUUUAGUUCAUUAAAACGUAAACCAUUAAUAAAGAAUGGUGAAUCAUUGCUAGGCUAUAAAGUGUUAGUUGAUGGUUUUAACAAUGAUUUUCAAGAUUAUUAUUCAACUGCUGAAUAUGCAAAAGAAAAAGUACGUCCAGCAUACGUCGUACUUGAUGAAAGAGAAAAGAAUAGAUUGAAAAAUAUCGAAACACAGAUGAAAAACUUUAUUACAUCGGGUCCAACACCUGCAAAACAAGUUGCAGUAAAUCUAACAUCCAAUCAUUCUAUAAAAGGUGCAAUACCAUCAGAUGCAAUUACACAUACAGGAGGAACUAAUGUAGGAAAAAAACUAUGGACUAUGGUUGCGAACUAUUAUCAUUUGGAAUCAUUUCUUCUUCGAAAUGCUAUUGAUCUCAUUGAAGCAAGUCUUAUUACCGAUGAAUCAACACCGCCUCCAAAUCGGCAGAAUGCUCAAGGGCUAGCUCCUCUAGCAGCUAGUCGUGUAUCGUCAUCAAUUUCAUCGAAUUCAACAGCAAAUGCUUAUCUUCCAAUUCGUAUUCGUUUAUUUGUUGAACGAUUUCGUCUAAUAAAAGAAAUGAUGUAUAAUGCAGAUAAAGACGGUCGAACCCUACGUCAUUUGAGUGGUGUCGAAUGGGCUAGAGUAAAACGUGGCCAGGGUAAUGAGUGGCAAACUCAACGAGCGAGUACAGGUCACGUUUUAAAAGCCAAACAGAGCCAAGCUAAAUUAAAAGCAAAAAAGAAAGCCGUGACUAUUCGACUACCUGACAUUCGACAAGAAUCUUCGUCAGGAAAAAUACCUUUACCUAAAGACCGACACAAAGUUGAUUAUCGUUUUAUUUUGCGUGGCAACGAUAGACUUUAUCAUGAAAUAAUGUAUGAUUGGGAACGAGCAGCUGAUUUAAAGCUGCCAUCAUUAUCCAUACGUAGUCUAACUGAAGCAACUAAAUUUCAACGAAAAUCUUGGAUGCGCCAAGUUGGAGCCGCUCUUCAGUUUUCGAGAAAUCGUACUCGUCGAGUAUUUCAACGGGUGACUUAA